AAACUGUCAUAAUCCUGUUGUCUGAUUUUUGUUGUGUCAUCCAUCAGUCAAUGGCACAGUCAUUCUUUUUUAAGUGAUCAUGCAGUGAUAGUGCUUUGGUGAAACCUGAAAUCAAAUCACAAGUGGUGACCUGAGACACAUUAUCAUGAUACCAUAUCACAAUCUGUCUGAAUCACCUGAACAGUCUCCUGGAUCAUAGACUUAAUAGAUCAUUUAUGGUGGAGCCCAAAAGGAUUCAUGUAUUGAUAGAUACUCACUCACCAAAUAAAAAUGCUGUUUAACAAAAAUUUGGGCCAGGAUAUGAAAAAAAAAUGUUUGCCUUAACUGUGUCCAGUUCUACGAUUGCUUUGUUUUGCGUUUUGAUGUUUUUUUUGUAUGGGUGUUAAACUACUCUGGGUUUCAUUGAGACUGGUUUCUAAUAUUUUGUCCAUCCUAUUUGCUAGCACCAGAGUGCCAACAAUAAUAAUCAUAAGGUUCAAAUAUAGCUCUCUUAUAGUGUCCAAACUGAGCAUUGCUGUAUCUGAGAGAGGAUUUAUUCGCUGCAUAGUGUACCUUAUAUUGUGAUUUAUUGGCUGAAGUGUUAUUUGACAUAUGCUUUGAGAUAAUGUUUCAUAUCUUGGUUGGGGUGAUUAUAAUGAACUCUCUCAAGAUUUUUGCAAUGAAAUGAAGUUUGAGAGUGUGUAUGUGUGUUUUCCCCGUUGUGUUGGCAUGCAUGCCAAGACUGGCUGACUCUUCUAUUAAACCGGUAAACUGGUUUACACAACAGGUUGUUUACCAGUCCCUCUUUUCGCCUGUGUGUACAGGGGAAAGUUAUUAGUGUACUGGACUGUCAAUGGGAGCUGUACCCAAAGUGAACAUUUGAGGACAAUUGUACUGUCACACUAAUGACUUUGCCCUGUACACCGAGGCCAUAAAGUUCUUCAACCACCCUGAAAGCAUGGUCCGCAUCGCAGUCCGCACGAUCACCCUCAACGUGUACAAAGUGGACAACCAGCACAUGUUGCAUUACAUAAGAGAUAAGACAGCGGUGCCAUAUUUCAGCAACUUGGUCUGGUUCAUCGGCAGCCAUGUCAUUGAACUGGACAAAUGCGUGCAGACAGAUGAAGAGCACAAAAACCGAGGCAAGUUAAGCGACCUGGUAGCUGAGCACCUUGACCACCUCCACUACCUGAAUGACAUCCUCAUCAUUAACUGUGAAUUCCUCAAUGAUGUUUUGACUGACCACCUCCUCAACCGCCUGUUCUUACCGCUUUAUGUGUUCUCAUUGGUUAGCCAAGAAACACAUGAAGAGCGAAAGAUCAACCCUCAGGUGUCCCUCUACCUGCUGUCACAAGUGUUUCUGAUCAUCCAUUAUCGACCCCUUGUCAACGCCCUGGCCGACGUCAUUCUCAAUGGAGACCUGUCUGUCUUCAUCCCACAGACAGGACAUCACAACACACAAAAGAACACAGCUAGUUCCGGAGGGGUGCGUCGCUUCACUAAGCCACCAGAAUCUUUGGAGCGCUCGCUGGAGCUCUCCCGCCACCGUGGCCGUAAGAGAAUCCAGAAGAGGCCAAACUACAAGAAUCUGGGCGAAGAGGAUGAUGACGGGGGUGCCGGGGGAGGAGGAAGCUCCAGCCGGGAAGGGGCAGAUGAGGGCUGGGACGAUAGCGGCCGAGGAGGAGAGGGAGGCCGAGAGAGGGAGAAGGGAAAAGGUACAGAGGUUGUAGGAGCAUGUGGGAGUUCUAAGGGAAGCAGAGCAAGUGGGGAAACAGCGGAAGAAAUAGAGAUGGUGGUGAUGGAGACAUGUAAAGUGUCGGAGUUGACUGAGCAGAACAUCACGGAUGAAGAGAAGACCGCAGCAGCCACCCGCACACACACACAGAGAAGCAGGCCUUUCUUAGAAAUGGUGUACAGUGCCCUAGACUGCACCAGUGACGACUACCACGCCCUGUUUGUCCUCUGCCUUCUCUAUGCAGUUUCACACAGCAAAGGUAUAAACCGUGACCUUCUGGAACGACUGCAGUUGCCAGUUCCUGACCAGGAAAGAAGCUCCUACAGUUUAGUACUUGCAGAGAGGUUGAUCAGAGUAAUGAGCCAGGCAGCACAGCCAGAUGGUAGAGUACGUCUGGCUACUCUGGAGCUCAGCUGCCUUUUAUUAAAGCAGUCCGUGUUGUCUGGAAGUCUGUGUAUAAUCAAAGAUGUUCAUCUGGCCUGUCUGGAGGGGGCGAGAGAAGAAAGUCUUCACUUACUGCGGCGAUUUUACAAGGGCGAGGAGAUCUUUCUGGACAUGUUUGAAGAUGAAUACAGGAGCAUGACGAGUAAACCGCUGAAUGUGGAGUAUCUAAUGAUGGAUGCCUCUAUACUGCUGCCACCCACUGGCACACCUCUGACUGGCAUCGACUUCGUCAAGAGGCUGCCUUGUGGUGAUGUAGAAAAGACACGCAGGGCCAUACGUGUGUUCUUCAUGCUGCGGUCACUAUCACUGCAGCUUCAAGGAGAACCAGAGACACAGCUGCCUCUGACCAGACCCGAAGACCUUAUUAAGACUGAUGAUGUCUUAGACCUCAAUAACAGCGACUUAAUAGCAUGUAUGGUGGUCAGUAAAGAUGGCGGCCAGGCUCAAAGGUUCCUCUCUGUAGACGUGUAUCAGAUGAGUUUGGUCGAACCAGAAACCAAACGCCUUGGAUGGGGUAUCGUCAAGUUUGCCGGCCUAUUGCAGGACAUGCAGGUGUCUGGCGUUGAAGAUGACAGCAGAGCUUUAAACAUUGUCAUACAUAAGCCCAGCUCAAACCCCCACGCCAAGCCGUUGCCGAUCCUACAGGCCAAUUUCAUCUUUGCCGACCACAUCCGCUGCAUCAUUGCCAAGCAGAGACUGGCCAAAGGUCGCAUCCAGGCCCGACGGAUGAAAAUGCAGAGAAUAGCAGCUCUUUUGGACCUGCCUGUGCAGCCAAGUACCACAGAGGUGCUGGGUUUCGGUCAGACAGCCCACGCCUCCCCCAGCGGUCUCCCUUUCCGUUUUUAUGAGCAGUCGAGACGAGCGCCCAAUGACCCCACGGCCAACAGAGCACUCUUCGCCUCUGUUGAUAAAGUCCCAGGCUUUGCGGUGGCUCACUGUGUAUCACAACACCCCCCCUCUCCUCUCUCCUCCCCUUCAACUCCCUCCAGUGGGAGUGGAAGCACAGGACGAUGCGACUCUGUUACGACGAGCACAAUUUCUGCUCAGAGCCCCACAGAUGACUGCACAUUCUUGGAGAAUACCCCUCCCUCCUCAGCAUGCGGAGAAGGAGAGGUAGGCGCUGUGGACUUAACGAGCGCCCCCUCGACCCAAGUCCCGCCGCCGACACUGGCCCCCAGUCUCACCCCGGCCUCCCAGCCCACGAUCUCCCUCCUCACCGACAGUAACACCGACACGCUGAGCGUGGAAUCGUUGACGUUGCUGCCACCUGCGGACUCGCCGCACCUCCACCCUUGCACCAAUCUCCUCGCUGCCCCUGCUUCCCUUCUCAUGAGACUGGAUGAGGAGAGUGAUAAAGAGAGAGAGGAAGGAGGGAAAGGAGAGCAGGAGGCGGAAGUCUCGCCGAUAGAGCUCACAGAGGCAGAUAGAAUGGUAAAAGAGGAUCUAAAUACGGAGGCACUCAUAGCCACCCAUGACGCAAUAGAGGAUCCACUGGGUGAAGAUGAGCCAGAGGGUAAGAGCUCUGUUGGGAGGAACUCACAGCAGCUGGAGGAAGCUAGAGCUUCAAAAUCUUUAGCGGAAACAGAAGAUGUGGAAAAGCACACGGAAACACCCGACUCACCCGAACUGGACUAACAACACAUUAUUACUGGUGCACUUGAACCAUUUCACACUCAUGCAGACUACAUUGACAUGUUGAAUCACCCAGUUUGGCUCUGGGCUGUUUUCAUGCUGCAACCUGCAGGUAGUGUGUGACGUCAGUCUUUCCGUUUGCACACAAAGAAAAUCAAGACACACUGACGGAACUGAUGGAAGGCUCAAAGCACAUUUGGGUUCAUCGGUUUUGCAUACAAUGAGUUCUAGCACGCGUCAAAGUGUGUAACCAGCAGCUUUUUUUUAACUCCUGAAUGAUGGGAUUGUAACAUGCGUUACUGCUGCUGAUGUGAGAUUUUAAAAGAUCUGAUCUAUUUUUUAUGUCUCAUGUUCACAUAGCCACUGAAUUUUUGUGAAAAAUAUAUAUACACAUUGCUGCACAAGCCUUUUUAUGCACUGUUGUAUUUGUGCAGGCUCAAAGGAUUCAUCAUGGAUGUAUGUGUGCUGGUUACGUCUUAAUUAGCCCAUAUGUGAAAUAACAUUAUUUCCCACUGAACUAGUUGCUUUUGUAUGAAAGUAAGCUGCAGUACGCUAAUGUUGCACUUCUGUUUCAAAAUAGCCCUGCAUUUAAAAAAAAUAAUAAUAAUAAAAAUCCCAGCCAACUUCCUGGAUUGGGCUUGCAGCAUUUAUAAGUUUUUGGGGAACAGUUAAAGACGGUUGAGCGUGUAUUAUCACUCAUAUCUGCAAAUGUAAUCUUUAGUUUCACAUGAUUCCUUGUCGUGUGCUUUAUUUGGAAGCCGGCAGGCACAGUAAGAUCAUAAGCCUGUCAUGUGAAAGAGCAAGAAUGAAGAUUACACUGUAGCAGCACGCUACUGUAAGUGGUUUAAUUGGUGGUUUAACAAGUUGGUCUUUUGUCCAACCUUGUGUCACAUGAAGCCGUCUUUCAUUGAAUGUAUCUGCUUAAUUCUCCUUCACAGAGCUGACCUGAGCUCAGUUUAACCAUCAAGAUAAUGGCAAGAAUAUCAGAAAUUUUUUUCACAAGAUGACACAUUACCGCUCAUUAAAAGAUAUUCUCAUCAGGCCUGAUUACAGUGACUAGCAAAGUCCCCAUUAUUUAACAUAACAGCUUGUGUUUUUGCUGAGCAGAUCUUUAUAACUGCAAUAAACAGUAAAAGAUUAAAGGUUUUUGUGGUCAAAGACGAAUGUAACCCACAGCUUCUCCCUCCAAUUGCGGCAUCAGCAAAUAAAAGCUAAAAAGAGCUUUCUGUCUUAAGGCUUUAUUUGUAAAAUCAAGGAUUAUUGACUUUCCAUCUCUCAUCUUCUGUGCCAUCAUCUGACUUGUUCAUCAUCAACUUACAGUUGAUUUAGUAAUUGAGAAAUUUAGAGCAAUAUUCUCCCCCCCACCCCCAUCUUGCUGCUGUGAAUAGCACCGCAGUAAUCGUGAGGGUAUGCUUAAAGAAAUCUGGCAGAAAGAGCAUUUAGGCACUGGAAUAUCUGGAGGCACUUUUGUUCUCCAUCUUAGAGAUCUCGCCUUGGCAACAUCUACCUGAAAAUGCCAUGACAAGCUGCCAUUACGUCGUCUCUGAUUGUAGUGUAUGUGCGUGUGUGUGAGCGCUGUAAAUGCUUCUGCCUUUUAAAAAUGUAAGUAUUGUUAAUGAUUUUGAAACAGAGGAAUAAAUAAAGAGCUGCAAUAAAUUAUUCUACCUAACAACA